AUGUCAAGCCGCUGCAGACAGUUCUGUAGCAGCUUUUUGCUGCUCGUCUCAGCCAACGCUGGAUGUAUUGUCGAGAAUUCCAUUUGCUAUGUGGAUACGCCUGCCCGUAUCCUCGGGAGUGAAAAUGUGGCGCUUGGCCCAAUCACUCCAGAGUAUUGCGCCCAGCUUUGCGCAAAUGGCAAAUUUCGUCUAGCUGGAACAGAAAAUGGAGGUGAGUGCUAUUGUGGGGACAAAUUGAACACUGACAAGCCGAAGGCAGCACAAUCAUGUGGCACCGCAUGCACUGGAGAUUCAUCCAAAAAAUGCGGAGGCGUUUGGUUCAUUUCAGUCUUUGAGGUGAAGUGCUCUGGAGCUCCAGAGCCACCUCCCAAGGUUCAACCAGAGUUGGUCAAUCCGUGUUUCAAAACUCCUUUCUCUCAAAUGCCUUUUUGCAACGCAACCUUACCUAUCGACACGCGAGUUGCAGAUGCUAUCAGUCGCAUGAGCCUAACUGAGAAGAUUGGAGCUUUAGGGACCAACACUCCAGAGAUCAAGUCCCUGGGCUUGCCGCGCUACAACUGGUGGUCCGAAGCUUCCUCUGGGGUGCAAUCAGCGCGCAACACACAGACCACGAAGUUCCCGUUUCCAAUCACAACAGGAAUGAGCUUCAACCGAAGCCUUUGGAAGCUUGUUGGCCGUCAAAUUGGUCGGGAAGCUCGUGCUGCCAUGAAUACUGGAAACGCUUUCUCCACAUUUUGGGCGCCAGUCAUCAAUCUUGCAAGAGAGCCUCGAUGGGGCAGGAACAUCGAGACUCCAGGUGAAGAUCCUUACCUCACUGGUGAAUAUGCAGAGAACUUUGUGCAAGGUUUCCAAGAAGCCCCAGAGGAUCCCUCACACAUCCAGGCCUCAGCCUGUUGUAAGCACUAUGUCGCCAAUGAGAUGGAAUCCACCACCCAAGCAGAUGGGGAGCACCAUGAUCGAAACCAUGUGGAUUCGGCAGUCUCUAUGCAAGACCUGGUUGAUUCGUACAUGCGACCCUUCCAAGCUUGUGUAGAGAAGGGUCGGGUGAGCUCUUUGAUGUGCAGCUACAAUGCAGUGAAUGGUGUGCCAUCAUGCGCCAACGACUGGCUCCUGCAGACAGUUGCGCGCGACAACUGGGGUUUUGACGGCUACAUCACCAGUGACUGUGAUGCUGAUGCAGAUGUUUAUAAGAGCCAUCACUACACAUCUACCCCAGAAGAGGCGGUGAAAGCAGUUUUGAAUGCCGGGACGGACAUCGAUUGCACGUCCUUUGUUCCGACUUAUGCUCAGUCAGCCUUGGACAAGGGCUUGAUUUCUGUGCAAGAUAUUGACGAGCGGCUCAAGAUGCUUUUCCGAGUGCGCAUGCGUCUCUCCCAUUUUGACCCCAAAGGUCCUCUGGACUACAUUCCGGCCAGCGCGAUUUGCAGUGAUUAUGCUAUGCAGCUUUCACAUGAUGCAGUUCAGCAAAGUGCUUCCUUGCUCAAAAACAUGGAACAGACUCUGCCAUUGCAGAAGGAUCGUGUCGGCACAGUUGCUAUCAUUGGUCCAAACUGGAACCUCUCCAAGAGUGAUGCAGGAUAUUACGGCCCAAGCCAUCCAUGUGGCCGUUUCUUUACCCUUGUGGAUGCUGUCAGCAAGGGGGGACAGGUGAAGACUGAAAGCAUCGCUGGUGUGCCAUCAGUACUGUCUGAAGAUCAAAGUGGAAUUGAUGCUGCAGUGGAGAUGGCAAAGAAGGUCGACACAGUGCUUCUUGCUGUGGGCACAGACCUCUCAUGGGCGGCAGAGGGGCAUGAUGCGAAGAACAUUUCGUUCACCACGGCGCAAAGUGUCUUAAUACAACGAGUUGCUGCAGCGGCCAAGAAACCUGUGGUAAUUGUGAUGUUCACUGCAGUCCCCUUGGACAUCUCCGAGAUUCUGGCAAAUCCCAAGGUCGGUGCUGUGCUGCAUUUGGGUCAGCCAAGCGUGGCAGUCAUGGGCAUUGCCCCUAUCCUCUACGGCGAAAGUUCGCCCGCUGGGCGGACCAUCCAAACCAUCUAUGAGUCUGCUUAUCAAGACCAGAUUUCCAUUUUUGACUUUAACAUGCGCCCUGGUCCAUCUACCUUUGCUCGCCCAGAUUGCACAAAUCAAGACGCCAGCCAGUGUCCUAAAGGCACCAAUCCUGGCAGGACCUAUCGCUUCUAUACCGGCAAGGCGGUGAUUCCUUUUGGCUUUGGCCUUUCUUACACUACCUUUCGCUACUCACUGGCCACGGUUCCAAAGUCUUUGUCGCUGGAACCUCUUGGAGAUCUCCUAACCUCGGAUCUCUUUCCACGAUCGGCACAGCUUCAAUCAACGAUGAGCAGGAGCAACUGGAAAGAGCAGGCACAGUAUGCCGUUAGGGUAACGAAUACUGGGGACCGAGACGCAGACGACACGGUUUUGGGCUUUUUGAUCCCGCCAGAUGCUGGAAGGGAUGGGAUUCCUUUGAAGAUUCUUUUUGGCUUCCAGCGCGUACAUGUCAAAGCAGGAGCAACUGAAACAGUUUGGCUGUAUCCCUCCAUGUUGGACUUUGCAACCGUUGGCAAAAACGGUCAAUUUAAAACACAUCCAGGUGAAUACCGGGUGCAAUUUGGAAUUCCUGAAACAGUGCCUUUUGGCAUGGGAUUUGCAGAAGACAAGCUUUCAGCCAUGCCCACUGACCUACCUGAUAUUAUGGCAGGGCCGGAUGCGGCCGUGCUUCCUGCAAGGCCUGUUGCAGAGUUUCGCAGCUUGGGUGAUGGCAUAUCCACCCUGCCGGCAAGCUCAUAUGGCUCGCUGGCUUCAGUCUUUCUGCAUUUGAUGCGGGAUUGGAGUGAACUGUGCGAGCACGUCAUAUCAGUGCAGUACACGCCUGUUCUGCGGGAGUUGAAGGAGCUGCUGCCGCGCGGAGGUCAGGUUUUGCUGCCCGGAGCAGGCCUUGGCAGGUUGGCAAUGAUGUUGGCAGCCGAAGGUUUUCAGGUGGAGGCCAAUGAUGCUUCCCGGUUGUUUCUCACUUUUGCUGACUACAUCCUGAAUCGAGCACCACGAUCUGGAACGAUGCUGUUUCCGCUCGCUCAUGUUUUCUCUGAGAAUUGGGGUCACGCGCAGCAGUACACCCAAAUCACGGUGCCAACCAUUGCUCCAGAGAGCCUGGUGAAUUUGAAUGGGACGAGGCCACCACUUCUAAUUGUCCCGGGUGAUUUUGUGAAGACCUACGAGGUGGGUGGGCCGGGAUUCCGUCGCUUUGAUGCGGCUUGGCUGAAAUUGUAUCCGCUGGAGCUUGCACCGAUCCCUGUUGUGAGGUGGGCUUUGGUAACCUGCUUCUUCAUUGAUACUCCGAAGGAUGUUGAGGAGCUCUUCAGAGUAAUGGAUGGCCUGCUGGAGGAGGGAGGUGUUUGGGUGAAUCUGGGGCCAUUGAACUGGCGAAAGGAGGCAAGGAUGAAACUUGCCUGGGAAGAGAUCGUGUCUAUUUGGCAACAGAAGGGCUUUGAGUUCCUCUCACAGAAGCGUAUUGAGUGUGACUACCAUAUUCCGCGCGGUGAGAAGACGCUUUCCGGAAUCCAAGAAAUGCAGCGUCGCCUCGCCCGAGCUGUCAUGGCUUUGGGUCCAGAGGCCUUCGAUGCUCGAGGUAUCUCCAGUCUCAUGUAUGCUUGGGGCUUGAUGCGCUUCAAGUCAAAGUUGCUGAAGCCAUUUUGCAUCAGUGCCAGGACUCGCAUGAAGGAGUUUGAUAACCAGAGCAUUGCAAACAUGGUCUUUGGCAUUGGACUACUAGGUCUUAAAGGUGAAACGCGUGUGCUGGAUGAGAUUGGUCGUCAGGUGCCACCCAGACUCAACGAGUUCCAUAUCGAGGAAGUGGUCAGCAUAGUCUACUCACUUGGGAAGUUGGGCUACUCGCCAGCAGGUGGAUUGAUGGAAGCGAUUGGCGACUAUGUCAUUGAACGAGUAGAAGACUUCGAUCCAGUGCAGCUCACAAAGCUUGUAGUUUCAGUGAACGAGCUGGAUUUCAACAAGCGAAGGUUAAUGCUCGUGCUGUGGAACCACCUAGCAAGGGAGAUCAAAAGCUUCUCCACCCACCAACUUGUAGUGAUAGUGCGAACCGCAGCCAAACGCCGUGUGCGACACGAGAAGUUUGCCAAGGCUGUCAGUGAAGAAGUGCUGGAUCGUUUGAACGAGCUCAACCGCGAUGUUCGACUCACGCAGAUCAUGGACAACUUGAAGAUUUUACAAGGAUUAGUGUCCAGUCCAAACCUCAAACCCGCAGACGUUCAGAAUGACGAAGAGGAUGCCGAGGAGGAGGAAGGCGAGGCUGCAGGCACUGCCACAAAGAAGAAAAAGAAGAAGAAGAAGGCCUGUGGUGUGGAGGUUGAUGCCUCCAAAUCCUCUGCCAGCUGCAAUGCAGAUGAUGCUUGGCUUGGUGUCCGAGGACGUCCUGGCGUGUUGAAAGGUGCCUAUCAGUACGAGGUCGAGUUAAAGAACGAGUGCCUAUUGCGUGUUGGAUGGGCAGCGCUGGAGGGGCGCAGGGCUCUUGGCACCGAUGAGCGUUCAUUUGGAUACGGCGGCACGGGAAUGAAAUCGAACUGCGGCAAAUUUGAGAAAUAUGGCGAGAUCUUUGAAGCGCAGACCGGUGCAGUGGUCACCUGCUUACUCGAUCGCCAAGAUCCGCGUCGAUCCAGCAUCAGCUAUUGUUUGAACGGCCGCAAUCUUGGGGUGGCCUUCAGGUUGCCGCCUUGGUUGGCAGAUGUCCCCCUCUUUCCGGCGAUUUGUGGCCGUGAGGACUGGCAGGCGACCUGCCGCUUUCGCGACUUGACCUUCCCGCACGGUGGCUUCUGGUCGCUUGAGGAUGCGAAUCGUUGCGAUGUGGCGGAGGAUGGCGGCGCAGCUAGUGCCGCGGCGGCAGUCUUUGCGGCAGCCCCGUUCGUGGAGGAGCGUGAGUUGAAGCAGCUAGAUGUGCCAGAUGAAAAUUUGGUGGAGCUACGUUCGGAGCAGGAGGUAGUGGAAAAGGACUUAAAGUCCUGGCUCAUUCAAGAGUAUGGCAUUAGCAGUGCCGACUUCCACGCCGAGUUUGGAGAGAAAAAACGCUUUGCCGUCUUGGCCUUGACCAGUCAUCGAGUGGCAAGGAGUAUGGUCAAUGCGCCACCUCCCGGUCUGCUGGUGAACUUGAGGCCUGCCUUCAGCGAGGAGGCUCAAGAGAUGCUGGCGUUGCGAAGACCCAACAAGGGAGCCACCACCGAUGUUGUGGCCAGACGUCUCAUUGCAGGUGCGCUGGAUGGAGAUAUCAAGCUGACCAAAGAGCAGUUGCGGCAGAUCCGUGCGAAGAACGACGUCGCACGUUGCGGCCCGCGGAAACCCCCACCCGCACCACCGAUGCCGACGCUGGAGACCGAAUCCGAGUCUGAGUCCUCAGAGAAGCCAAAGGAAUCAGCUUCGAAGCUUUCGUCAGCAAAGGCUGCAGCUUUGCAACCAGCACCGCCAGCAAAACGUCAGGGUGAGGGGUGCCUUAGCUGCCUUAGCUAUUAA